AGGAUGAGAUGGUUUGAGGGGCCAAGAGUGGAGCCUCCCUGCAAACAGCCUGGUGCAUUCAUUCCCUAUGCCCAGCACCAUGCCCUCGCUGCGGCGGCGCUGGGAGCCAGCCAGGAAAAUCCCAGGGAGCUGCGGGAGCCUCUGGCUGCCCCUGGCAACUCUGUUGUGCUGCCACCACCUCGGCUGUCCCGGUCCCAGCUCCUCCGCAGGCCCCUGGGCGAGGAGGAGGCACCGCUGAGAUGGACUCGGAGCUGGAGGAGCGGUUGCGAGAGGCUUUGCGGGACAAGCUUCGGCUGCUCCCGGCCGAGCUGCGCGCAGCCCGUGGCAGCAGGGCGGCAGUGCGGGGCCCGGCCACGCUGCCGCUGUCCAGCCGUGUGCUCCUGAAGCGGCGGGAGGUGGCGGACGUGGAGCGGCAGCUGCGGGACCAGCGGCAGGAGUUCCAGCAGCGGAUGCAGCGCCUGGCGCAGUGCCGGCAGCAGCUGGCCCGGAGGCAAGAGCAGCACCGCGACGCCGUGCUCAGAUUCGACUCCUUCCUGAAGGUGCGUGGCGGGGGCCGCCGGGCCGGGCGGAGGGUGCCCGCUGACCCGCUGCCCGCGGCGCAGGCGGAGGCGGCCCGGCGGGAGCGGGAGCGGGAGCGGCUGCUGCGGCACCGGGAGCGCCUGGCCCGGCGCCUGCGGAGCCUCCGGCCCUUCGGGGACUACCUGCGGGACGCGCUGGCCAGCGUGGGGCAGUUCCAGGACGUGCCGGCCAUGCUGGUGCAUUUCGGGGUGCUGGCGGGGGUGCGGGCAGCCCUGGCACGGGAGGCAGAAGCCGGGCAGGAGCAGCUGGCCCAGGGCAGGGCACAGCUCCAGCGGUACCGUCAGGACACCAGCACCCAGCUCCUGGGCACCAGGAACGAGCUGGCCCGGCUCCAUGCACGCCUGCAGGCUGCCCGCCAAGACGUGCUCCAGUGGGAGUCCUGCUGGACCCACAUCCAGAGCACAGCCAUCCAGAAGACCCUCCUGCUGGGGCAGAUCAAGCUGGCUGUGCUGAACCUCUUCCAGCAAACCACGGCACAACUCAGGAUCCCCAUGGACAAAGCCCAGGAGGACACGAAGGCCCAGUUGGACAUGGUGCUGCUCUGCAUGCAGGCCCUGGCUGACAUCUGUGCCACUGGCACACACCCACAGCACCACAGGAGUGCCAGGCUGCUUCGGGGCCAGGAAUAGCCCCUGGGGACACCUGCCUGCUCCUGGGGCUGGGGUGGGGCUGCCAGGGCCAGCAUGGAGCCACAGGACCCCUGUGGAUGGAGGUAAUUCACUGCAAGUCUAGAAGCAACAUGGACGGCAGUGGCACCACACCCAGGCAGGGCCAGGGCACUCCCAAGGUUCCCUCCUGCACAGAGCACCCCAGGCUGGAGGACGAGGAGGAGGGAGCUGCUGUUGGCAUCUCUGAAGGUGUUUCACGCCAAAAUACAUCCAGCUGUGCAGCUG